GAUUGCUAGCUGCUUCUCGGCGUCCAUUGCAGAAAGAAUUCUGCAUAUUCCGCUGCGAGGUAAUGGGGAAGUCGGCCGCUUAAUUUGGACGGAGAAUGACACAGGUGAUUAUAUUGUGAAGGAUGGUUAUAAAGUGUGGCUCCGAUCUUUUAAGCAUAAAGAAUCAUUAGUAGUCUGUGGAUACCUGCGGAUUUGGAAGAGGCUUUGGGCCAUGAAUACUCCACCAAAAGCCAAGCAUUUUGUAUGGAGAUUCAUGAGAGAUAUAUUGCCCGCCAGGAACCAUAUCAGUACCAAGAGUACAAAAUGGGGGGACAAGUGCCCUUUUUGUAAUUUGAAGGAGAUACAAGCUCAUAUGUUCGGUGAAUGUGCGUGGGUAUCUAGUCUGUGGAGAGCAUCAGAUAUGGUUGAUCUCUUUCUGUGCAAUGAUAGUGAAAAUUGCUAUGAAUGGAUGGUGAAGGCGAUGGAAGAAAACCCAAACGAAGGCCUUGAAAGAUGGUGUACCCUCCUUUGGUUUCUAUGGCGAGAGUGCAACGCUCAUCUCUUCAAUGGGCUCUGGCUACCGGAGCAGAAGAUAGUGCCAAGAGCGAAAGCCUUCUUGGAAGAGUACCAAAACCAACAACAGCGGACUGCGAUCCCGGUGGCGACGGUGACGGCAGUACAGUGGAGGAAACCCAAUCCAGGCCGAGUGAAAAUCAACACGGAUGUUGGUUUCUUGGCUGACGGUGGCAUAGGGUUGGGUAUGGUUGCUAGAGAUUCAAAAUGGAAGUUCAUAAUGGCUGUAGCGAAGAGAGUGAUAUGCACUUGGAAGGUGGAAGAGGUUGAGACUUUGGCGAUGGAGUUCGGGGUCCAGCUGGCUCACCAGAACAAUGUUCUCAAUUCGAUCCUUGAAGUUGAUAGUUUGCAGCCUGUACAUAAGCUUGAAGAUGCAGCCUCUGUCCAUACCGAAGUCGACACAAUUUGUAGGAGUAUAAGAAGGUAUCUAAUAUCUAUGGGAGGUCGUCUUGGCAGCAUGUGGGGCGUACAGGAAAUGAGGUUGCACACUUAAUGGCACAGGUAGCAACGACAUGGAAUGAGCAUGAGGUUUGGUUUGAUAGAUCGUCGGUCUAUAUUGUUGACCAGUUACUAUUGGACAAUGUAACCACUUCCACUGGUUAAUAUAUUACCUAGGGGUGG